GUGAAAGCAUUCGUCGCCGGUGCAACUGGGAUGCAAGGCGGAGCAACAGCUCGUGCCCUUCUGGCACAAGGCCACACCGUCCACGCCUACGUCCGCGACAUCUCUGCAGCCAACGCCCAGGCUCUCCAGGGCUUGGGCGCCCAGCUUUUCGAGGGUGACUUCGACAACACCGAAGCGCUGGGAUCCGCUAUGGCGGGCGCUACUGCGGCAUUCUUCGCGUCAGCGAUCUCCUUCACCGAGGCGGACGCAGAGGUGCGUUGGGCGCGCAAUAUCCUGGACGCCGCGCUCGCUGCUGGCACAGUCAAGCAGGUCGUCUACUCUACUGUGUCUGGCACGGAGAGCUGGCAGGACCAGCCGGGGUGGGAUUUAAAUCCCUUUAUUGUGAAUUACUGGCGGUCCAAGGUUCGCGGGGAGGAGAUGGUGCGGACUGCUGGGUUUGAGUUCUAUACCAUUCUGAAACCUGAAGAGUUCUUCAAUAACUUCAUCAACCCAUGGGCCGGUUUCCAGCUUCCAGACCUGAUCAAAGACGGUGUCUGGAAAGCAGUGUGGAGACCGGAGCACAGGAUCAGCUUGAUAAACACUGGGGACAUUGGCAGGGUCGCGGCUGCGGCCAUUCUGGACCCGCAGAGAUACACCGGAAGGGAACUUAUUUUGGCAGCAGAGAAGCUCUCUGUGAGCGAAAUUCUGCAGCUUCUGACAGAAGCCAGCGGCAAGAGUUUGAAGCUGCAAACGUAUGAUUUUGAAGUGGCUAGGGAGCUUGCAAGAACCAACCCAUUAAUCCAAUCGCAGUUGAUGCGUGUGGCUCGCUUUGAAAGCGAAAGCGAGAGCCGUGAGGAGGAUGAAGGCCUUGGUUUCAAAUUCCAGAGCUUCAAGAGUUUCCUGGAGGAACAUCAUGAUGUUGUGGUAGACACCUAUAGAGGUGCUCCUUAAAAUCUGAGGCCUAGAUGUUUGAGAUCAAUCCAUGAAUACCUAUGUUCUAGC